CAUAUUUCAGCCACCCUGCCCCUUUAAGAAUAUGUACUUUACCAAGUACGGGGUAUUCCGUAUUCGGGGAGUCAGUAUUUUGGGGCACAUGACUUCAGAUUUGUCAUUGGGACGAAGAGAGAGGGCACAGCCUUGACAAAAGUCGAUAUAUUCUGCGAGGGAUGUUAAAAGAAUAGUGACAGGUUAUCUAUUAAAUAGGCCUUCAACCCCGGAGAAGAUCGAGCCUCCGUUUUGUUAUUCGGGUGUUGCCCAUGAUGCCGAUACGUGAGGAAACAUUCGAUGUGAUGGUGAACGCCUAACGGCCAAGGUCGGCCCGAGUCACGUGAAAGCACACAACACCCGCUACGGCUCCAUAGAAUUCUGCGGUUCCGCCCAGGGACACAUCGGAGUAUCGUCCGCGUGCCGUCCCUCUCUUUCCAACGAGAUGGUUCGUAUCAGAUUGACGUCGGCCUCGACAGGAUGGAGUGCCCCCUACUAUAUUUUUACCUUUUGCCGCCUACCGUCCUCCCGACUCAAUGCCCUGUUUUGAAACGUCGUUUCCUGGCCUUGGAGCCAGAUAACGUCAUAGCUAUGGAUGCACGCCACAGCUUAUCACCUAGCUCGAUGUAUGGUUCUGCAGGGAUGAUCUACGUUUGAGGCAGGGGCGUGCAGGUUGAUAUAAAAGGCAUGCAGUUGAGGGGCAAUGGGAGAAGUCGUCUCCAUCCAAAUUGCCGACCACAUAUCAUUACCUAACCUCCUCCAUUUCAUAACUAACUAUUCCAACAUAUAUUGCUGAUAUAAUUAUCAAACUUCUCCAGAAUGUCUGGCACGAGCGAAACAUUUCAUUCUACCAAGGAGCAGCUUCGCAAGGCAGAGUCCAAAGUCUCCGGACAACACGGCGGUGAUGUUCCCUCGGGGUCAGACGUAUCCCAGAUGAAGUCCAUUAUCGACUCCACAACCGAUAAGCAAACCGACAUCGACCGCCGCAAAGCCAAUCUGCCCCUUCCCGAACAACCAGCUGGCGAAUCAGGACUUGUAUCAGCGAAUAUGAAAACUACAGGCGGAGGAUCUGGCGCGGUAGCGUCAUCUGUGGGAACAGGGGAAGAGGCAAGUGGUUUACGGGAACCCGUAACGGCGGAGAGUAGCCUGAGGACUUCUGGGGAUGAGACGAAGAAGGAAACGGCCCCGAGUGGAAAUGUGGGGAGACAAGGGAAAGAAGGGCUGGAGGAUAUCCCAAAUGAUGCUAAGGCGAGAUAAUGGGCAUUGGAUGGCAUCGAUUGUGAUGAAUGAUGACCUUGUCUGUCUUCUCUCCUUCCCUCCUUCCCCCCCUUGUCUUUAUGAUGAAAUUGAUGUCAAGGUAGCGAAAUGCUGUAGCCAAAUACUAAAAUGCUUUGGUUUCAUAUUUGUCUUGACGCUCAUAAUUCUAGUAAUCACGUAAAUCCAAUGUCCCAUAUCUAUAGAAUUUGCGUGUUGCAUUGAAUUGGACUGGCUGCGAUCAUUACGGAAAACUGCUUCAUGAUCGUACGGCUGGUUUUGGCUCUCAAAGAACCUAAGUUUA